CAAACAGAAAACACUACGUUUUUGUUCUGUGUGAAAAAGCGCUCCUCAGUAUCCCACAACCCCUUUCUCCUUGCCCCUCAGUAUCCCACAACCCCUUUCUUCUUGCCCCUCAGUAUCCCACAACCCCUUUCUUCUUGCCCCUCAGUAUCCCACAACCCCUUUCUUCUUGCCCCUCAGUAUCCCACAACCCCUUUCUCCGUGCCCCUCAGUAUCCCACAAGCCCUUUCUCCGUGCCCCUCAGUAUCCCACAACCCCUUUCUCCUUGCCCCUCAGUAUCCCACAACCCCUUUCUUCUUGCCCCUCAGUAUCCCACAAGCCCUUUCUUCUUGCCCCUCAGUAUCCCACAACCCCUUUCUUCUUGCCCCUCAGUAUCCCACAACCCCUUUCUCCGUGCCCCUCAGUAUCCCACAAGCCCUUUCUCCGUGCCCCUCAGUAUCCCACAACCCCUUUCUUCUUGCCCCUCAGUAUCCCACAACCCCUUUCUUCUUGCCCCUCAGUAUCCCACAACCCCUUUCUUCUUGCCCCUCAGUAUCCCACAACCCCUUUCUUCUUGCCCCUCAGUAUCCCACAACCCCUUUCUCCGUGCCCCUCAGUAUCCCACAACCCCUUUCUCCGUGCCCCUCAGUAUCCCACAACCCCUUUCUUCUUGCCCCUCAGUAUCCCACAAGCCCUUUCUUCUUGCCCCUCAGUAUCCCACAAGCCCUUUCUUCUUGCCCCUCAGUAUCCCACAGCCCCUUUCUUCUUGCCCCUCAGUAUCCCACAAGCCCUUUCUUCUUGCCCCUCAGUAUCCCACAGCCCUGCGCGUUACCACGGAGACAGGCAGCAUGGCGCAAGGCAAGCGCAAGUUUCAAUCCCAGAGACCCGAAACGAAGAAAGCGAUUCCACAGCAUGCUAAGAACAAGGGGCCGAAGAAAGGAGGCAGAGUAAUAGCUCCUAAAAAGGCCCAUGUCGUUCAGCAACAGAGACUAAAAAAGAAUCUGGAGGUGGCGAUCCGUAAUAAAAUCGAGCACGAGGUGACGAUGAAGGCGAGCAGCAACCUGCACAAGAAGCUGAGCCUCGUGAAGUCGUCGGACAGUGCAGAGCGCCCCCAGCAGAAGAAACAAGCAGCGCCACCUGGGGGAGGGAGAGAGGGCAGGCAGGGGGCUCACUAGUAGUGUGUGUGUGUUUUUUUUUUUGUCAAUUCCUUUAAUAUCAAAUAUUCUGGAUUUGUUUGAUACGAAAAAAAUACAUGUAAAGUUUUUUUUAUUUUUUUUUUAGAUUAAAUUGAUUCAAAUUUGA